GGCAGCCUUAUUUUUCGAAUAAUUCAAUUAUUUUAUUUGUCUUAACAAGUGCUUAGAACUUAUAGUAAAUAAAAGAACUGCGCUGAUCACAUUGCUGUUCCUGGCGCUGGAAGCUGUGCAUGCAAUGGACUCAAAUCUGACUGCUUGGCGUCAACAUCGCAGGCAGAAGCGUUUUUUGAUCUAUCAGGAUGGUGGCGUUAUUAAGAUGGUAACUGGCACCGCAUUUCCAGUGGACUUCCAGGAGAAGAAUGCCUGGCGCCAGCUGGUCUGGCUAAUGAACUAUCACUAUCAAUUCUCGGAGCCAACUAAGCCCAUAUAUUGGUGGAAUCUGUGGAAUGGACGUGAUCUUAAAGGACCACUGAAACUAACCAAAGAUCAAGAAGAGCAGGCACAAGCUAAUGUGGAGCAGCAGCAGCAAGUGGAUGAGCCGCAGCAGUUGCUGUAUGAGUUUGCGGAGGAGUACAUGAAUCAACGUGGCCAAGAUGGCAAAGCUUGCCUGAAGCGUGCGAUAUGCGAGAAUGGUCAGGUGCAUGAGCACAAUGGACUCUAUGCGCAGCUGCUGCACAGACUGCUCCGACCCCAUAGAUCUCUGGCUACGCCCUAUCUGGAUGCUUAUAGAAUGGGCAAACAUGGCGUUGAUUGCCGCCAAGCAUAUCCCACAGCUGCUUACUGUCUGCUGGAUGAUUAUGUGCAUGUCCACGAACGUGGCCUGACGCAGAGCUUUGUCUAAGCUGAGCCUGUGGAUAUAAUAAUUAUAUUCUUGUAUACCCUAACAUAUAUCAAGGCGCCGGCUGCCGUUGGUUAUUGGGACACUUUAAUGACCGCUUUAACAAGCUUAAGCAUUUAAAUAACAAUUAUAAAACUAACGUCUAAUUAAACAAUGCUAAUUUUUUGUACAAA